GUAUCCACAACUUCUGUGAUUGAUUUGGGUAACUUGUUAACAACUGCUCCACCAUCCAUGUUUACUAUUCCUCCACCAGCCGUCGGAUCACAGACCCAAAGAACAACCGCUUCUGCUACAAAUAUGCCACAACAAGCUCCCACUUCACAGGAUCGCGAAAAUUUGACUACUCAGCAGGGCUCUCUUUCAUCUGUUGUUGCUCAACCAUCACCAACUACGAUCAUUGCUCCACCGACAUAUCCUGUCGUCACACAUGCGGCCAAUCCACCUCCAGUAGCUGUACAGGUUUGA